CCGUCAACUGGAGUUGGCGACGCCCCUAACGUCUGGGGUUAUUCCGUUGUUGGCGUGCCAGGACCUGAGCUACUUUGUUUUUCAGACGUUGCUGAAAAGUUUUAGCUUUAGACAAAAAUGAGAGAAAUUGUACACCUACAGGCAGGCCAGUGUGGAAACCAGAUCGGAGCUAAGUUCUGGGAGGUGAUAAGUGACGAACACGGCAUCGACCCGUCCGGGACAUACCAUGGGGACAGCGACCUGCAGCUGGAGCGAAUCAACGUGUACUACAACGAGGCAACAGGUGGCAAGUAUGUCCCCCGUGCUGUGUUGGUGGACCUGGAGCCUGGCACAAUGGACUCUGUGAGGUCUGGUCCGUUUGGCCAGAUCUUUAGACCAGACAACUUUGUCUUUGGCCAGAGCGGAGCAGGUAAUAACUGGGCUAAAGGGCACUACACUGAGGGAGCUGAACUGGUGGACUCUGUCCUGGAUGUGGUGAGGAAGGAGGCAGAGAGCUGCGACUGUCUCCAGGGCUUCCAGCUCACACACUCCCUGGGGGGAGGCACUGGCUCCGGCAUGGGCACACUGCUCAUCAGCAAAAUCCGAGAGGAAUAUCCAGACCGCAUCAUGAACACCUUCAGCGUGGUGCCCUCACCCAAGGUGUCAGACACAGUGGUGGAGCCAUACAAUGCCACCCUCUCUGUCCACCAGCUGGUCGAGAACACAGAUGAGACCUACUGCAUUGAUAAUGAGGCCCUGUAUGACAUCUGUUUCCGCACACUGAAACUCACCACGCCCACCUAUGGUGACCUCAACCACCUCGUCUCAGCCACCAUGAGUGGGGUCACCACCUGCCUGCGCUUCCCUGGCCAGCUCAAUGCUGAUUUGAGGAAACUGGCAGUCAACAUGGUGCCCUUCCCCAGGCUGCACUUCUUCAUGCCAGGCUUUGCCCCCCUCACCAGCCGUGGCAGCCAGCAGUACAGAGCACUGACAGUCCCUGAACUCACCCAGCAGAUGUUUGAUGCCAAGAACAUGAUGGCAGCUUGCGACCCACGCCAUGGACGCUACCUUACAGUCGCCGCCAUCUUCCGAGGCCGCAUGUCCAUGAAGGAGGUGGAUGAGCAGAUGCUGAAUGUGCAGAACAAGAACAGCAGCUACUUUGUGGAGUGGAUCCCCAACAAUGUCAAGACAGCUGUCUGUGACAUUCCUCCCCGUGGCCUCAAGAUGGCCGCUACCUUUAUUGGCAAUAGCACAGCCAUCCAAGAGCUGUUCAAGCGCAUCUCAGAGCAGUUCACCGCCAUGUUUCGCCGCAAGGCCUUCCUCCACUGGUACACGGGCGAGGGCAUGGAUGAGAUGGAGUUCACGGAGGCCGAAAGCAACAUGAAUGACCUGGUGUCUGAGUACCAGCAGUACCAGGAUGCCACUGCUGAGGAGGAGGGAGAGUUUGAGGAAGAGGGCGAAGAGGACAUGGCCUAGACAUACCGUAACCUUUUUGUUUCUAUACAGUAGGUAGGGCUGGGUAGUACAGUUCAAAUCAUUGUCAGGUUGUUCAUCCUAAACAACUGUUAAAAGUCUUUAAAUAAUAACAUUGACUUAUUGCCCAAAAUUAGUAAGAGUGCAAGAGAUUACUCAGUCCACAGUUGUUAAAGCUAGUCUAUAAUGUUUUCACACUGUUUUUUGCUAUUGGCAGUGUCCUUCUUUGUUUGUGUUGAAUAUGAAUGGUUUCAGCCUUCUCUUGUUUCUUCUGUUUAAUGGGUAUAAGAGCUGUUGGGUCUGUUAACUGCUGUCUAGGGUGGCUCCUACAGCUGUCCAUUCAUAGCAGGCACCUGCUGCCUGGUGUCAGGGUGUGAAGUGUUCUCAUGUUUUUCCAAGCUUCAGGUUUAAAAUAUAUAUUUGUAGUCAAAGACAGUAACACCGACCAGUUAAAAUUUCUGGAAUGUCACUUUUGCUGAUUGAAAUUAUUUAAUUCAUUGAAUUUAAAAAAACUGAACUUAAAUGCACAAACAAAAGCUGAAGGCUAUAAAUAGCUUCAGGAGCUGGUCACUGUUACUGCUAAGUCUGCUUGUUCUGUUACUGACAUGUUUAGAUGGACUCUAAUAAAAGAUGUGUGAUUUGGUGUUA